AAUAUGUUCCUGUACACUUGGAAACUUGAAAGAAUCCAUUGCCGUCUCUCCAUUCUAUGGUAGAAGAGGUGGUUAGAAAGGGACGUUACUCGCUGCAGGUUGUAUUGGAGAUUGAAGAUCUUACGUCAGAUUUCUACGAUGAAGAGGAAGUGAUCCAUCAGGCUACUGUAGACUCGAUGGACAUGGAUGGGGACAAUGGAGGAUUCGGCGGGACCCCUGCUUCAAGAUCAUCGAUUGAGGAGGAUUUGAGAACAGAGAAGGUGGGAGAAAGAGAUUGGAUGGAGAAUUGUAGAAUUUGUUUGGAUGAGUUUGGUGACGAUAUGGAAGUAAAGCGCAUGUCGUGCUCUCAUGUUUUCCACGGAGCUUGCAUUACUCAGUGGUUGGAGCAGAGUAACAUGUGUCCUUUGUGCCGGGUAAGGGUUUAAGGAGGAGGAUAUACAUUAUUCUUUUUUAUUUUUUAUUUUUUUAUUUUUUAAAUUCUUUUAUUUAUGAUGAUAUAUUUUGUAUUUGAAACUACAUUUAGAAUGAUGGAAUCAGGAUUCAUUUAUUAUUUGAUGAUUUGUUCAAUCUUAAAAGAGGCAUAGGUUAUUGUGACUCUAGUUUUAUUGACGUGGAUCCAAUAAUUUUUGGGGCCAUUUGUAUGUGGGAGAAAAUUAGGUGCAGCCCUUACCAAGGGGCCCAUCUUGAUUCAUAUAUUCUAUAUUCAAGCUGUCCAUAUAUUUUGCACGGGUCACUUUAAAACAUUAGC